AUGCUUUCGCGCGCGCUCCCCAGAGCUACCACAAGGCAGCUUUCGAGACCUGUCAACAGCUCUGUCUCCCGCCCAACAUUCUACACUGCUGAGAGAGCGCGGAGGUGGUACGCCACGGAAGCUGAGGAGAAAGACCUCGUCAUCAUCGGCGGAGGUGUCGCUGGAUACGUUGCGGCAAUUAAGGCUGGCCAAGCAGGUCUUUCAGUCUCAUGUAUAGAGAAACGCGGGUCCCUCGGCGGCACAUGUCUCAACGUCGGCUGCAUUCCUUCAAAGUCUCUCCUCAACAAUUCGCAUCUCUACCACCAAAUCCUACACGACACUAAAAACCGUGGUAUCGAGGUUGGCGAUGUGAAGCUCAAUCUGACGCAGAUGAUGAAGGCCAAGGAGACGUCUGUGAGUGGUUUGACCAAGGGUAUCGAGUUCCUCUUCAAGAAGAACAACGUGGAGUACAUCAAGGGAACCGGGGCAUUCGCCGAUGAACAUACCGUUAAGGUUAACUUGACGGAAGGUGGCGAGACGUCAGUUAGGGGCAAGAAUAUCCUUAUCGCGACGGGCAGUGAGGCUACGCCAUUCCCAGGCUUGACGAUAGAUGAGGAGAAGGUCAUUACAAGUACCGGUGCAAUUGCGUUGAAGGAGGUGCCUAAGAAGAUGACCGUUAUUGGCGGUGGUAUUAUUGGUCUGGAAAUGGCUUCCGUAUGGUCGCGGCUCGGCUCUGAAGUUACCGUUGUUGAGUACCUAGGUCAGAUCGGCGGUCCUGGCAUGGACGCUGAAAUCGCGAAGAUGUCACAAAAGAUUCUCACAAAGCAGGGCAUCAAGUUUAAGCUGAACACCAAGGUCACUAGUGGCGACGCUGGUAGUGAUGGUGUCAAGAUUAGCACUGAAGCUGCGAAAGGAGGCAAGGAGGAGACACUCGACGCUGACGUUGUUCUCGUUGCCAUCGGCCGCCGCCCCUACACCGCCGGCCUCGGCAUCGAAAACAUUGGCAUCGAAACCGAUGACAAGGGCCGCCUCGUUAUUGACCAAGAGUUCCGCACAAAAGUCCCGCACAUCCGUGUCAUUGGAGACUGCACCUUUGGACCCAUGCUUGCGCACAAAGCCGAGGAAGAAGCCGUUGCUGCCAUCGAGUUCAUUACCAAAAACUACGGCCACGUUAACUACAACGCGAUUCCCUCGGUCAUGUACACGCACCCUGAAGUCGCCUGGGUUGGGCAGAACGAGCAGGAGCUGAAGGCGCAAGGCAUUAAGUACAACGUCGGCAGCUUCCCGUUCAGUGCCAACUCGCGCGCCAAGACGAAUCUGGAUACGGAAGGUCUAGUCAAGUUUCUAGCUGAUAAAGAGACGGACCGCAUCCUUGGUAUUCACAUUGUGGGACCGAAUGCAGGCGAGAUGAUUGCGGAGGGUGUGUUGGCGUUGGAAUAUGGCGCAAGCUGUGAAGAUGUUGCGAGGACAAGCCAUGCGCAUCCGACGCUGGCCGAGGCUUUCAAGGAGGCAGCUAUGGCAACGUAUGGGAAAGCUAUUCACUACUGA